AUGGAGCAGCAGCCGCUGCUGAGAGGGCCUGGCCCCCGGCGCGAGCUCCCCAGCUGGACCCUGUUCCUGUCUGUCUGUGCCGUGGGCAUUGGAGGCACCUUUCAGUAUGGAUAUAACGUUUCCAUUAUCAACGCGCCCACACAGCAUAUACACAGCUUCCUAAAUGAAACCUGGACUCAUCGUUAUCAGAAGAAGCUAAAUCUAGAUUUGCUGACCUUUCUCUGGUCUGUCAUUGCAUCUAUAUUUUCACUUGGAGGCCUUUGUGGAGCUCUGGUAGGAGGCAGCAUGGCAAUCCGACUAGGCAGAAAAGGAGCUCUUUUGAUGAACAAUAUCAUAGCAAUACUGGCCUCCAUUUUAAUGGGGAUCAGUUUUCCUGCAGGAAUGUUUGAGCUAUUGAUUAUUGGCAGGUUUUUGAUUGGUAUAAAUUCGGGUAUUGGUCUCUGUGUGCAGCCUCUUUAUCUUGGGGAGGUUGCCCCGAAACAUCUUAGAGGUGGUAUGGCCAUGGGCAGUUCCAUCUUUCUGACUGGGGGGAUUCUGACAGGACAAAUAAUUGGUUUGAGGGAACUACUAGGUGGAGAAACAUACUGGCCUUUGUUGCUAUCCAGCAGCUGUUUUCCAGCUUUUGCCCAACUUGCAUUCCUGCCAUGGUUUCCUGAAAGUCCCAGAUACCUUCUUAUUGAUAGAGGUGAUGAGCUGAGCUGUGUCAAAGCUUUGAAGCGAUUUCAUGGCUCUUUACACUAUCAAAUUGAGAUGGAAGACAUACAGCGGGAAUGUUUUGCCUUGAGUGGAGAGAAAGCCAAGAAACCCUGGCAGUUAUUCACUGAUCGUGGUGUGAGAUGGCAGCUCAUUACUGUGAUUGUGAUGACUAUGGGCCAACAGCUCAGUGGAAUAAAUGCUAUUUAUUUCUAUGCAACCUACAUUUUUAAACAAGCUGGGAUCUCGACAGAAAAAAUCCCGUAUGUGACACUAGGCACUGGAGCGUGUGAAUGCAUCACAGCCCUCACCUGUGGCUUACUGAUUGACCAUGUGGGAAGAAGAUUUCUCAUCAUUGGAGGAUAUCUCCUUAUGACCCUUUGGAGCAUUGUUUUAACAUUCUCCCUGACUUAUCAGGAACUGCAUUCAUGGGUGCCAUAUGUGAGCAUGACAUGUAUAUUUGCCUUCAUUUUGAGCUUUGGGUUGGGACCAGGUGGCAUAACAAAUACUCUGACAGCUGAAUUAUUUAUACAGUCUUCACGUCCUGCUGCUUACAUGAUCGGAGGAACUAUUAGUUGGAUUAGUUUCUUCACAAUUGGAAUGCUCUUUCCCUUUAUAGUGAAUGGACUGAAACAGUAUUGUUUUCUGGUGUUCUUAGUGGAAUGUGCCUUAGUUGCUGCUUUCAUCUUCGUUGUAAUUCCUGAGACAAAAAACAAAUCUUUUCUGGAAAUUAAAAAGGAAUUUCAGCAGCUUAAUUUUGGAAGAAAUGUUAAGGAAAAGGAAACAGAGCUGUAUGAAAGAAGACAACUCCAUGAUGAACUUUAAAAAAUACUGU